AUGCGGUGCGAACCGGGGAACGACCGCAGCGGCGGAGCCGCCUGCGCGGGGCGGUUCGGUGGCGCCGCGAGCGGGGCUCGGUGCGACGGGAGGCUAGGCCCCCUCGAGGGACUACAUCUCCCAGAGGCCCUUUGCGGCGGCGCGGCCCCGGCGCGGCGCGCCCGGUGCGGGGCAUGCUGGGACCGGAGCUCCAAAAUGGACAACCACAGGGAUGCGCCAGGGAAGGCGAGCCGGUGGUUCGGGGUGUCCCAAUCCAAGUCGGCCAAGACAAGUGUGAAUAUCCUGCAGCAGGAGGAGCUGAUCGCCCAGAAAAAACGGGAAAUCGAGGCCCGGCUGGAGCAGCAGGCGCGGCAGAAUUCCCUCAGCAUCCCGCAGCUCCCGCUGCUCGGAGACGACGACGGCUCUGAAAGCGAGGCCUCUGUGUCCAACAAGUUCGUGAACGACGGGAGCUUCCUGCAGCAAUUCCUGAAGCUCCAGAGGGAAAAAUCCAGUGCUGAAACUGCCCCGAAUCCCCCCAACAACUCUGGGAAUGCCCCAGCUCCAAGCUCCGGGAAGAAGCCGGCGCUGCUGGGGAAGCGGCCGGGGCAGGCCCUGAGCCGGAUGCUCCAGGCCCGGAGCCUCUCCCAUCCCAAACCCAGCCCCGUCCUGAGCCGCCUCAGCGUCUUCCAGGGCCCAGAUGAGGAUGAGGAGGAGGAUUACGAGCAGUGGUUGGAAAUCAAAGUUUUACCCCCAGAGGACUCGGAGACGCGGCAGGUGGUGGAAAAGCUGGCCAGGUUCGUGGCUGAAGGCGGCCCCGAGCUAGAGAAGGUGGCUAUGGAGGACUACAAGGAUAAUCCCGCUUUUUCGUUUUUGCAUGAUAAGAACAGCAGGGAAUUCCUUUACUACAGGAAGAAAGUGGCAGAGAUAAGGAAAGAGAAUCAAAAUUCCCAGGCAGCCUCUUCCCAGAAAGUUUCACCCCCAGCCGACCAGGAGACGCGGAACUCUGCCGAGAAACUGGCCCAGUUCGUGGCCGCCGGGGGGCCUGAGGUGGAGGCCAUCGCCCUGCAGAACAACAGGGAGAACCCUGCCUUCAGGUUUCUGUACGAGCCCCACAGCAAAGGGCACCGCUACUACCGCCAGAAGCUGGAGGAAUUCCGGAGGGCCAGAGCCGCCUCCGGGGGCUCCCCUUUUCCCGGAGAAUCCGGCCUCAAACGGAAAACCAGUCCCGAGGCUUCUCCAUCCCCUCUGUGCUUCCCGCCUGUCCCUCUUCCCGCUCCUCCCCCUCUCCCUCUUCCCUCCCGUCUCCCUCUCCCCAUUCCCAUCCCGCCGCCUCUGGCUCUUCCCGUUCCCUCUCCCGUUCCCGCCGCUCUUCCCGUGCCCCUUCCCGUGCCCUCGGCCUCUCCUUCCCCAUCCUCAUCCUCCACCUCCCCUCCGGAUCAGCCAGCCCCAAAUCCCACCGCGAUCCCAAAUCCCACCGCGAUCCCAAAUCCCACCGCGAUCCCAAAUCCCGCCACGACCCCUCCGGCCGCUCCAGGCACCACCAAAAAGAAGAGGAAGAGCCGGUGGGGGCCGGAGGAGGAAAAGGUGGAAUUGCCUCUCCCGCAGCUGGUCCAGCAGCUGGAUUCUCCCUCUCCCCUCUCAGUUCAGGACCUGAAGGGUCUGGGAUACGAGAAGGGAAAACCCGUGGGAUUGGUGGGGGUCACGGAGCUCUCCGAGGCCCAGAAGAAGCAGCUGAAGGAGCAGCAGGAGAUGCAGCAGAUGUACGACAUGAUCAUGAAGCACAAGCGGGCGAUGCAGGAGAUGCAGCUGAUGUGGGAGCGGGCGAUCCAGCAGCACCAGCACGGCUACGACAGCGACGAGGAGGUGGACAGCGAGCUGGGAACCUGGGAGCACCAGCUGCGCCGCAUGGAGAUGGACAAGACACGAGAGUGGGCGGAGCAGCUGACCCAGAUGGGCAGAGGGAAACAUUUCAUCGGGGAUUUCCUCCCGCCGGAUGAGCUGGAAAAAUUCAUGGAGACCUUCAAGGCGCUGAAGGAGGGCCGGGAGCCGGAUUAUUCCGAGUACAAGGAAUUCAAGCUGACCGUGGAAAACAUCGGAUACCAAAUGCUGAUGAAAAUGGGAUGGAAGGAAGGAGAAGGAUUGGGAUCGGAUGGGCAAGGAAUCAAAAACCCCGUCAGCAAGGGCACCACGGCCGUGGACGGGGCGGGAUUCGGGAUCGAGCGCCCGGCGGAGCUCACCAAGGAGGACGACGAGUACGAGGCCUUCCGGAAACGCAUGAUGCUGGCGUACCGCUUCCGGCCCAACCCGCUGAACAACCCACGGCGACCUUACUACUGAGGAGGGCUUCUCCCAAGAGUUUUCCCGUGAAAUGUUAUCCCAAACUUCAUUAUCCAGCUCUUCUUUCCCGAUAUUAUCCGGCUGGUUUUGGAAUCACCGCUUUCCCCACGGAAAAACCUCCCCAGGUGGUUUUUUUUUUGGACGUGGGGAGGGUUUGGAGCAGCACCAAAAAUCCCCCAGGGAUAAUCCCAAGGACUCCCAAUUCCGUGGAAUUUGGGAUUUUGGGGAUCUGCCCACACACAAAACUCGUGCUGCUCCGGGGGGGGGGAUGGAUUUGAUUCCUUUAUUUUAUCUUGGAAUCCCAAAUCCAAGGGAUUUGGGGGAGUUUGGGGAACCAGUGCCUCCAGUUCUGCCUCUGGAUGGGCGGAUCCAGCACGGAUCAGUUGGGAAUUCCAGGAUUGAGGGGUCCAGGGGGGGGAUUUAUUCCCUUCCCGAGGAUUUUGCCAACACCUCCGGUGCUUUGGGAUGACGAAGACCCAAAAUUCCGGCCACGCUUGGGAAAAAUCCAACGAAAUUCCAACCACGCUUUGGAAAAAUCCAGUUGGAUUUUGUUGUCCUAAAAAAAAAAACCUCUGGAAAUACAAAUUUUCUUCAUGGAGUCUGUAAAUAAAAUCAAACUUGUUUGUUC